AUGAGUACUCGUCAACCGAUUGAGCCUUGGGUUCUUGCCCGAGAGAGGUAUCUCAGCACGCUCACAGAUGAGCAAAAACAACUCUUUGUUUGCGCUUCGCUGGAGAAUUUUUUCUACACUACAGCUGCUGAGCAGAGAAGCUACCAAGAAAACAGCAAAGCCAUCGCUUGGAUAACAAAGUUGAAGCCAUUGAUUGAUGCAAUCAGCAAUUACGGAACAGCUCUGGAUGUUUUCUCAAAUACGUAUUCACUUAUCAUGUGUCCCCUCUGGGGAGGCAUAAGAGUCUUGCUACAAAUUGCAAAGGAAUUCCAAAGCUACUUCGGAGGAUUAGUCGACAUGCUCGCCAAAAUCGGCGACGUUCUUCCAAAUUUUCGUGUUUAUGAAAGGAUAUUUGCAGGUCACCCUGCAUUAAUUAAUGCUCUAUCGGAGGUUUACCUUGAUGUGAUCAAGUUCUGCUCAAAAGUGAAGGAUAUAUUUUUAAAGGCGAAGUCAAAAAAAGGAAUUUUGGCAAUCAACAUCAAAAUCUUGUGGCGGUCUUUUAAUAAGCAGUUCGGAGAUGUAGUAGAGUGCUUUCAAAGACACAAAAAAAAUGUGGAAGAUCAAGCUCUAGUGGCGCAUAUGAUCGAAGCAGACAAUGCGAAGCAGGAAAGACAACUCGAAAAAGCGCAGCAACUUGUACUUCAGAAAGAGAUGAAGCGACAGCGACUUUUGAAAAGACUGUCGAAUGUAGACCACCAAUCUAGGCAUCGAAAGCUAUGUAAAACACGGCACGAGAACACGGGAACCUGGAUAUUGAAGGCAAAGCAAUACCUAGAGUGGACUUCAAAAACCGGUUCUUGUUGUCUCUGGUGCUACGGUAUACCUGGUUCCGGAAAGACAACACUUAUGACAUCCGUGGUUGACAAACUCAUAGCUGACGCCUCAUCCCCUGGGGCGCCAGUUGUGGUUUAUUUUUAUUGCGAUUAUUCUAAUGUGGAUUCGCUAGAUGUUAAUAGGAUCGUGGAGAAUUUCAUCUUGCAACUAGUGUCAACUAAAAGCGAAAUACCCGAGGAAUUGGAAUCCAUCCUCCUUGACGCCUAUACAGGAAUAAGGAAACCGGAUUUUGAUGAGUUAUUGGAUAUCUUAUUAUCGACAAUCAAGUUUUUCGGUAAUAUCUAUAUUAUUCUCGACGGGAUUGACGAAUGCACUGGCAGCAAUCGUACUAGUGUUUUGAAGGUUGUUCAUUCGAUUAUGGCGCCGGGCCCAACCGUUGUUAAACUUUUGCUUGCAAGUCGCGCAGACGUUGAUCUUGAGAAAGCCUUCAAUACUUGUUUGUGUUUGCAAAUUUCAGGAAACGACAUUUCGGCAGAUAUAGAAACUUUCGUUGAUAGUAUCAUUUCGGAAAAACUUGCAUCUGGUGCUCUUACUGUGCGGAAUCCGGCAUUGGUUGGGGAUAUUUCAAGGGCUCUGACUAAUGGCGCUCAGGGGAUGUAA